AUAUAGUACACCACGUCUUUUAGUGGCAUAAAUUGACCCGUGAGAAUCGUAACCACAAGAUGCUGCUAAAAUCCCAGCGCGCAGCGCCUGAUUCCACGAGACCGUCGAAGCGGAACAAAACUCCUGCAGCUGCUUUUCUUCAGUCAGCAGCGAGCGAGAUAACCUACAACAUCGUUAGAUCCGACCUCCACAUCCAGAAGGAAAAAAGAGCGCAGAGUACUAACCCGGCUUAUUGGAACACCAUUAUGAAUCUAGGGGCAGAGGAAGCCGGUACAGAGCCAGUGCCCGGAGUAGGACCAGGUCAGGUCAUUGCGGAGAUUCAAGACAUCUAUCCUAUUGAUCCCGGUGUAUCCCCGAAGCCCACUGAGCCGAUAGAGGUAGUGAUACAGAGAGAAAAAGCUGGAGAGAAAGAAGUACAAACAGAGGAAGCAGAGGAAGCAGAUAUACAAAUACCGCUGCCUUCCACAUCAUCUGCUCAUGCGUCGGGGGCAGUCCUACCUGAGAUAACUCCCGUGGAAGAAUUUUUCGACAUUGAGUUCAGCAAAGACCGGAUGGCAUACACCAUCGUCCCGCUGAAAGAGAAUAUGGCCUCUUGGCGGAGCCUCGAUGCGGUAGCAUCGUGUUCGUUGCGGGACGAACGAAUUCAGAAUGGUGACUAUGUGGUGAUCCGGCUGCAGGGAGAGUCAGUGCCGAAUGAAGAGGAAAAUUACGCCAAGGUGCGUGAGAUCCGUAAAUUGCCCGAUCCUGAUGCCCGGUGCCUGAUCCGUAUUGCGUGGCUGUAUCGCUUGAGGAAGCGACUGCACGUGAGCAAUCAUUAUCAGGUCAUGCUCUGGGACACUGUGGACGGCGUUUUCAACACCUCCCAGCGGCGUCAGAUCCAGCGGGAUAGUCUUUACGAUGCCUGCCAAACGAUGCAAUUAUGUAACGUAGGAGGAAAAAGGAAAUGGCAAGCUCUGGAGCGGCAAACAUUUGGUCAUGGCCAGAAGUGAUUGUUGUGAUAUGAGGCUCAGCCAACCAUCAUGACAUUCAUGAUAGUCUCAGGGAAUCAUUGCGCAUGCUUGGAAAUUGUAGGGAAGCUUCUAGUAUGUCACUUCGAUGUAUAUAUACUUCUACUUCCUUAGAGAAGGAGAAGUAGAAUAAGGAUCAAUCAAUGCUUCCACUGCUA